UACGACGGCGCGUGGCACCACGGCCGCUACCACGGCGCGGGCGCGCUCUACCACGCGGGCACGGACACGUUGGCCUACAGCGGCAAGUGGGUCCACGGCGUGCGCCACGGCGGCGGCCGGAGCUUCGGGGAGACGGGCGCGCUCGAGUACGACGGCGCGCACCGCGUGAACAAGCGCCACGGCUUCGGCCGCGCGUACGCGCAGGGCAAAUGCGUCUACGAGGGCCGCUGGCGCCGGGGCUACAAGCACGGCUACGGGCGCCUCGACUUCCUCGACGAGGGCGGCGAGUCCACGGGCCACUUCGAGGGCUCGUUCCGCGACGACAAGAUGUGCGGCGCGGGCACGUACUUCCACGCGAACGGCGACCGCUACGAGGGCCAGUUCGACGACAACGCGCCCGACGGCCACGGGUCCUACUACGACGCCGCGUCGGGACAGCGCACGGACGGCACCUGGGACGACGGGAAG